GCUGGUUGUCAUUUCACUCGGCUCGGUCCUCGGGAGAAGGACUCAGCCGCGGCUGCGGGACCCGAGCACCGGGAGGCGGCGGCGGCAGCGGCGGCGGCGCCUGCGGCGACAGCAGAGGAGGAAGGAGAGACGAAGAAGAGCGAGGCGGAGGCCGCCACGACGACAGCGGGCACUGCGGACCGGGGUAAAGCGACGCUGGCGGCUGCGGCGGCGGCGGCGGCGGCGACGACGACGACGGCCCAGCAACCGUGAGGAGAAACAAAAGCCUUCUAAAUUAUAGUUAAAAAAAAAAAAAACCUUAGGGGGAAAAAGAGAGCGCGCACCGGGGGGAAGGCCCGUCUCCUUUGACCACACUAGCGGGGUUUCCUUGCUCUCCUCCCCGCGGAGAAUCGAACUGAGGGAACUGAACAAACCGCCCCGGGGUCCCAUGAGGGAACCAGACCGCGGAGCCGCCGCGAGGGGAAGAGGCCGAGCCCGCAGGACCGUCCAGGUCGCCCCCGAGCUCCCCGCGCCCCCGGGCCGCCGGCUCGCCCUCCUGCAGUCUCGCUGAUCCCUCCCGAUCGCGACCCCCGACCGAUCGGAGGGAGAAACGGGUGUUUCCAAGCCCAUUUCAUGGGGGAGAGGAAGCCGGAGGGGAGCCCAAGAACAGCGACCGCAGCGAGACCUGCACCCAGAGCCUCAGGGACAGCCCCCGAGGCCAAAGCUGCACCCCGCCAACGAGCAGGCACCGGACCCGGAACAGCAGACACCUCCCUGCGGCCACCUCCCCAUUAGUCGAAGCUGAUUUCCUCUCCCGCAACCAGGAAUUCACCGCCCGCCCCAGAUACCCUAAUAUAAUCUAUCUAUCUAUCUAUAUAAAUAUAUAAUAUAUAAUGUUCUUAAAUUAUUCCUGAUUUUUUUUAACCAAGCUGCCAAGAAAAGAACGUAUUCUCCCCCGCCCCCUUUUGCCCUAUUCUAAUUUUUAUGUGAGUGAAUCUAAACUGCUGAGGAAGACCAUAUGUGAUUGUUAAAUUAUAUAUAUACAUAUAUAUAUAUUUUUACUCCGCACAGUGCUUAUUCUUCUACAUCCAUAGAUGCUUGAGAAGCUGUGUUUUUGUCAUUCAUGUACAUUUUCCUUUGGAAAAACAAAGCGCCUAUUUUACUAACCAAAGACUUGAUUUUUACCCCCUUCGUUUUUAUUCCCUCCAGAAGGAAGCCCAUUUGGAUGAGAUUUGGGUUGUGUGGUGUGUUUUUUUAGUGUGAUUUUUUUUUUCUUUUCUUCUCAGAGACCAGAAUUCCAAAUCAGAACUAUCUAGGGUGAUAAGCUGCAAUCUUUGAGCUAGCUAUUAAUAAGACAUUUCAAACAGAUAUUUUGGGUAGAGGAUACAAAGGCGUGAAACAUCAGGUUGUCGUGCUUUCAUUUUUUAUUUUUUGGCCUUUUUUUUUUUAUUAUAAGAUUCUGCUCCUAAAAAUAAUAAAUGGGGGAUUACGGGUUUGGAGUGCUAGUGCAAAGCAAUACUGGGAAUAAAUCUGCUUUUCCAGUCCGAUUCCACCCGCACCUGCAGCCUCCACACCAUCACCAAAAUGCCACCCCCAGCCCCGCUGCUUUUAUAAAUAAUAACACAGCUGCCAAUGGCAGCAGCGCCGGCUCAGCCUGGCUCUUCCCUGCCCCGGCCGCCCACAACAUUCAGGAUGAGAUCCUGGGGUCCGAAAAAGCUAAAAGUCAGCAACAGGAACAGCAAGACGCCCUGGAAAAGCAGCAGCUCUCCCCCAGCCCCGGCCAGGAAGCUGGAAUCCUGCCCGAAACGGAGAAGGCAAAAUCGGAAGAGAAUCAAGGGGACGCCUCUUCAGAAAAUGGCAACGGGAAGGAGAAGAUCAGAAUCGAAUCGCCCGUGUUGGCAAGGUUCGAUUACCAAGAAGCUGCGGGGCUCGGGACCUCCGCCCAGCCCCUGACGUCCAGCGACUCGUCCCUGACCGGCUUCAGUAACUGGUCAGCGGCCAUCGCGCCCUCCUCCUCCACCAUCAUCAACGAAGACGCCAGUUUCUUUCACCAGGGAGGGGUCCCCGCGGCUUCGGCGAAUAACGGUGCUCUGUUGUUCCAAAAUUUCCCCCAUCACGUGAGCCCCGGCUUCGGAGGCAGCUUCUCCCCGCAGAUCGGGCCGCUCUCCCAGCACCACCCUCAUCACCCUCCCUUCCAGCACCAUCACAGCCAGCAUCAGCAGCAGCGGAGGUCUCCCGCCAGUCCCCACCCCCCGCCUUUCACACACAGAAAUGCUGCUUUCAACCAGCUGCCUCACUUGGCGAACAGCCUGAGCAAGCCCCCGUCUCCCUGGAGCAGCUACCAGAGCCCCUCGCCCACCCCCUCUUCCUCCUGGAGCCCGGGCGGCGGCUACGGCGGCUGGGCCGGCUCCCAAGGCCGCGACCACCGCCGAGGGCUGAACGGAGGGAUCACGCCCCUGAACUCCAUCUCGCCCCUGAAGAAGAAUUUCGCGAGCAAUCACAUCCAGCUCCAGAAGUACGCGCGCCCCAGCUCUGCCUUUGCUCCCAAGUCCUGGAUGGAAGAGAGCUUGAACAGGGCUGACAACAUUUUCCCUUUCCCGGAUCGCCCCAGGACAUUCGACAUGCACUCCCUGGAGAGCUCACUCAUUGACAUAAUGAGAGCUGAAAAUGAUUCGAUGAAAGGUCGUCUAAACUAUUCAUAUCCAGGAUCCGAUAGCUCUCUGCUUAUUAAUGGUCAGUCCUCCCUGUUUCCAAUGGAAGAUGGAUUUCUGGAUGACGGCCGCGGAGAUCAGCCUCUUCACAGUGGCCUGGGCUCACCUCACUGCUUCACUCACCAGAACGGAGAAAGAGUGGAGCGCUAUUCUCGCAAGGUGUUUGUGGGCGGACUGCCUCCUGACAUCGACGAAGAUGAGAUCACAGCUAGCUUCCGCCGCUUUGGCCCUUUAGUCGUGGAUUGGCCCCAUAAGGCAGAGAGCAAAUCCUACUUCCCUCCGAAAGGCUAUGCAUUCCUGCUGUUUCAAGAUGAGAGCUCCGUCCAGGCUCUCAUCGAUGCGUGUAUUGAGGAGGAUGGGAAGCUCUACCUGUGCGUGUCCAGCCCCACCAUCAAAGACAAGCCAGUGCAGAUCCGGCCUUGGAACCUCAGUGACAGUGACUUCGUGAUGGAUGGUUCGCAGCCCCUGGACCCACGGAAAACUAUAUUCGUCGGUGGUGUUCCUCGACCGUUGCGGGCAGUGGAGCUCGCCAUGAUCAUGGACCGGCUGUACGGAGGCGUGUGCUACGCGGGGAUCGAUACGGACCCCGAGCUCAAGUACCCGAAGGGCGCCGGGCGGGUGGCCUUCUCUAACCAGCAGAGCUACAUAGCUGCCAUCAGCGCCCGCUUUGUGCAGCUGCAGCACGGCGAGAUAGACAAACGGGUGGAAGUGAAGCCAUACGUCCUGGAUGACCAGCUGUGUGAUGAGUGCCAGGGGGCCCGCUGCGGGGGCAAGUUCGCCCCGUUCUUCUGCGCCAACGUCACCUGUCUGCAGUAUUACUGUGAAUAUUGCUGGGCCGCGAUCCACUCCCGCGCUGGCAGGGAGUUCCACAAGCCGCUGGUGAAGGAGGGCGGGGACCGGCCCCGGCAUAUCUCAUUCCGCUGGAACUAGACCUGCAGGCCCGGCACAGCGCCCUCUCCCGUCCUCUCUGCCCUCCGCCUCCUCACGCCGGCAUGCCCUCUGUAGCAGUCUAACUAACAAUAGCAUAAUGAAGCAGUGGCCUAUCGUAGAGGUGUUCUGUAGAUUCUUGUGUCACUGGAAACGAUACGUGUGCACUCCUUUCUCCUCUCGCCAUCCUGCCGCCCGGAGGUUUUCUUCUCCUGCUAGAGAGCAAGCAGAUCCAUCCUUCCCGCAGCAUGUUCUCAGAGGAGAGAGAGAGUGAGAGAGAGAGAGAAAUGAAAUGAUAGAGUAUUUUGGGCUUUUAAUUAAAUUAUUGUUAAUAAUAUAACAUAUAAGAAUACCUUUAUUAAAAUAACCAUGCAACAAUAACACUAUUAGCCUAUCCUGACACAGUUUGUCUCCCGGGAAACGCUUCUGCCUUUUUCUUUCUUUCUUUCCUUUCGUCUCGUUGCCUCUCUCUGUUUCCAUCCCCUUUCUCUUCUCUCCCAGGCAGGGGAGGAAGUUAACAAUCACUAACAGGAAAUAGCAUGCUAAAGCGAACACAGAUGCAUGAGCAAGACUGAAGCAGCCUCUCUCUCAUUGCAAGGGGUCAGAGGCCGACUAAUUUCAUUCUGCCUCGGGGUCACUUCCACAUCCGAAGCAGUCAAGUAGGCAGAACUGGGCUUCUUUUCUUUUCAACGAUUGUGAACAUGUAGAAUGUAAAAAUUGGGGAAAUUGACUACUGCGGGGAGUGCACUUAUUUAUUCUUAAACUUAUCUGGUCACAGCCCUGGGGAACCUACCAAAGCUAGCGUUAAGGACAACUGGUGGAAAAGUAGCAUUUCUUCUCCCGAAGGACAAGUAUCUGCAUUUUAUUUUCCAUGUUCUAUCUAAACUCCAUUCUAAUUUACGCACACUCAUCAGGUGUCAGCCUUUGCUCUCCAUUUUGACAUUACCUCAAGGAUGUCCUUUUGAUUUUGUGUUCAAAUACACUAGUAGCCAAAACUGGAAGACAAAAUCGAUACACUAAUUGGCUGCUGAUUGGCUUACUUUUCAAUUUAAAGUUACUCUGGGUAUCCUGUAAUUUAGUUGUAACAUAGAAAAUGAAAAAAAAAAAAGUUUAAAAAAAAAAAAGUUGAGUAGUUGCAAAGUGUUCUGCACUGUUGAACUAAGUAACUGUGUAAAUCUGCAAAGGUCCGUAUGUUUAUCUUCCUCUUCCUAUAAAAUAAAAUACCGUUACAGUUUCAGAACUGAGCAUGGGACAUAGUCAGUGUUUGAAGUGCCAACUUCGUUGAGUAAUGCAUGCUUUAUUAUAAAUAAGAUCCUAGCUCGGAAAGGCAUUCUUACGUGUGGACAGUAUGCUUCAGGGGGGAUUUAACGUAGUCUCUUGAAGCCCUGCUCUCGGAAGCAACUUUGAUUUUAAUUGACUUGAUCUUAUGAAAUGCCCUAGCCACCAUUAAAAGAUUAUCAUCCGUGUGCAAACGUUUUAAAAAAAAACCACAAAAAACAUAAUGGCAAUCUUGCUAGUUGUGCUUCCUAACAGUACCAUCUCGGAUCCUUCAAAACCAAAGACUUGCCCCACACUAGGGUGGAACCACCUGGCUGAUGCCCCCUACCGAUUGUCUCUAGGAAAAGCAGCCCUUCACUUUCACACAGGCUCCACAGGUCAGAUGGAGGCAUUUGCUGUCUGGUAGUCCAACACGGAGCGGGCGCUGCUCUCCGGGCCCCUGCGGGGGCUGGAGGCAGCCCCUGGGCGGAGGGUGCUCUCGUGCAGCUGGUCAGGGACUUUCUUUUCUCCUGAACUACAUAAUCCUGAGCGGAACGUUCAUUUGCCUCUUUUUCUUCUUUUCCACGCCCGUAGGCGUCUUGGGGUGUGCUAUUGUGCUGUUCCUACUCAGUCAACAGGUGUGAUGAGUUAACAAGAAAUAACACUGUUUGAGAACUAGCUUUGAAUAAUAAUUUUUUCCCUUUGUACAUGACCUGCUGAAUUUCGGUACAGUGUUUUUGUAGCUAACUUAUUUUGUCAUGCACAUAAUGUAUAUUUGUUAUGCACUACUUUUGUAUAUCUUGUUUUUCCAACAGUGAACAUUUUUAGGCACACUUUUCACUGACGGGAUAUCUCUUUAUGCAAUACCUCAAUUUUUCAUAUUGCAAAGAGUAGCUUUUUGUACUUUUAUUACUGAGAGAUCUUCAUAUACUUCAUUUUUUAAUAUAAAUAAUUUUAAUAAAUUUUAUUUUCUUAUAUUCUGCUUUUUAUACAUUUCAGUGCUCUGCAUACAUUUUGAAUUAUGGAUGUUGUGCACUGGCAAUGCUAUUUUAGAGUCUGCAGAAAAGAGAAAGCAUGUUGCUUAAACAUCCUUCCCAGCACCAGCUGUUGGUGGACCUAGAAUUUAAGAGAUAGUCUAUGUGAAGUCACAAAUUAAUGAAGAAAAUCCGCAUGAAAAUGACAGAUAACACUGUAGUUCCUAAAAAAGAAAAAAAUUAAAUGCAUAAGCAUAGGGUAGAAAUUUAAAAUGACAAAAUUGUCUACAGCUUCUUACUAAGUUUUUAAAAUUAUUCAUAACGCAGACAUUUUUUUGGUGACCGUUUAGCCAUUUUUAAUAUUAAUAAAUUGAUGUUAAGUGUUUGAUUCAGAGAUGUCUGCUCUUUUAAAUCAUAUAUAAAGGAAAAAAUCCAGCCUGCCGUGGGACAGGUGUGUAAUGUUAGUAUGCAUGACUAAGGUAAGAAAUCGCUAUUCUACUAAUAUUUACUUGUGAUUGUGUGACAAGUGUGUUUACAGAUUAUUUGGUUACACUUCAAUUUACAGGGCAUAAACAAUUAUUAUCUAUUACUCUGAACUUUAUCGAUUACAUGUCCUUCAGAUUACAUGGGAUUGUAGUUGGGAGUUACCAUGUAACUCAAAACAUAAUUAACAUGUAAUUAGUUUACAGAUUUUAGGGUAUCACUUCAAUUUACCAAGCAUGUAGUUCUAGCGCACUAGCAUGGCACCAGCCAUGUACUUACAAUGUAGUUACAGAGUAAUUACAUGGUUAUUUUUGCAAUGUAAAAUAAAGUGUUUCUGAUUAUUUUCUAUGUAAAGGAGCCUCUCCCGCCCCCUCCAGGUCCCCACGCUUUGGUAUAAUAUAUUACUUCUCCAUACACAGACCUCUGCAGAAUGCAAAGAAAACUUGCAGUGAGUGAAUUUAGCAUUUGAUGAGAGUGCUGUUGGAAAGACUUGAUAACUCACCCCUUUUGUUUUGAAGAGUUGAAUCUUCUGUUAAAAGGUGAUUUGAAACUUGAAUGUGAUGAAUUGUGGCAAGUUAACUUCAAGUUAUGUGCAAUACUUAUUUCAAACUUUUGAGAGAUCUUUGCAGUGUAAUUCUUUGUUUUUAAUUGCAGACAUUUAAAAAUGUCAUUUUCUACUGUUAAGAGUAAUCCUCUUUCUUGUUGGUGUUUCUAAAGAAAAGAAUCAGAAAUCAAUCUUUCUACUAAUGUAAAUUUGAGAUUAUUUUUAAAAAUGGAAUAAAAGAGGUUUUGGUCAUUUGCUUUAUUUUAUUAUCUUAUUUUAAAGCUACUGUGACUGAUAGCAUUGUAAGAAUUGGGACAAUAUUGUAUUCAACUGUUUUAUUUUUUAUAUUUUUAAAAAUUUAAAGUAUAAUUAGUUUUUAUAAUUUUCAUCAGAUUUUUGUUAUAUUUUUUGGAAGUGAAACUUUUAGCAAGUGGGUGUCUAGUUUUUACUAAUCCCUAAUGUUUUUUCCCCCCCAGUGUAUUGCUCAUAUUAUCAGAAGGAAAAGUUAUUUAAGUAUGUCAGUUAAUUGUACUACUUGGCUGAAUUUCCAUAUAGUUUUUACUGUGUAUGGGGAGGUUGUAGUAUUUAUUAUAGCAUUUUAAAUAAGGGUAAUUCAUUUUUUAUUAAAGUCAUUUUCACGUUAAGUUCCUAUUUUUGUAUGUUCUACUCUUAAGUUAUAUAACACAGUUCCUUUUUAAAAAGAGUUCAUUUGUUGAAGUGCUAGUGGAAAAAUUAAUGUUAUUAAAUAGUUUGCAAAUGACUAUUUAUACCAGUAUGCAUAUAAUUUUUAAAUAUUUGUAAUGUGAGAUGUUGAAUGAAUAAAACUUUUAACUCAG